UUUGCAGAGGUGAGUGACGUUACGUAAAGGGGCGGGGAUAUAGAGUCGUAAAUGCGCAUGUUGAUUGCGCGCACAGGUGAUCUCCUCACUCUCACUGUGGAUCUGGGAAAACAUGGGGAAGCUUCAGGAGUUUGAGAUCACGUUUGACAAAAACAAAGUGGUGUAUAGUCCAGGCGAGUCUAUCUCUGGGACCGUGACCAUCAAAGUGGGCCAGCUGCUGCAGUGUAAAGCCAUCAAAGUGAAUUGCAAUGGUUUCUGUGGCAUCACCAGUAAGGUCAAUGACACGGCAUGGACUGUGGAGGAGCAGUACUUCAACAGUACCAUCUCUGUUGCAGACAAAGGAACCCUGAAACAGGGAGAACACACCUUUCCCUUCAAGUUUCUCAUACCAGACUCUGCUCCGACAUCUUUCAAAGGCAACUAUGGUAGGAUUGUUUACAGAGUGAGAGCUUUUAUUGAUACUCCGCGAUUUGCCAAGGACUACAACACAGAGAAAGCUUUCUACCUGCUGAGUCUUCUAAACCUGAAUGAAGUGCCAGACAUAUGGGAAGCCUGCUCAUCUGCUGUGACGCAGCAGUUCACUUACAUGCUGGUAAAAACAGGCACGGUGGUGCUGAAGGCCCAGACGGACCUGAAGGGUUACACACCAGGCCAGGUCAUACAGGUGUUGGCCAACAUCCACAACCAGUCUGGGAAAACCACAGGCAACAUGGCGGCCAGCCUGAUGCAGAGAGUGACCUACGAGACAAAGAGGCCCACCCAUGAUGUGAGGACGAUGGUAGAGGUGGAGGGCGGUGUGGUGAAGGCUGGCAGGGAGUUGGAGUGGAAAGAACAGAUCAUCGUUCCUGCUCUUCCUCAGUCCUCGCUGGCUGGCUGUGAGCUUAUAAAGAUUGAAUAUUAUGUCAAAGUCUGUCUAAAGUCUCCAGACGUCAUGUUGAUGUUGCCCAUCCAUGUCGGGAACGUCUCACUAGACAGAAAACUGCACCCUUCUAAAAAAGCAGCUCCUCCCUCCUCUGCCGCAGCUGAAGAUACACAAGCAUCUGCCUCCACCCCGAACACCUCCACCGCCACCACUCCCACUCUGCCCUCUCGCCCUGCCCCAAAACCUGCUCCCCGUCCCACCCCUCGCUCCAGGAUGGCCUCCCAUAAUCCCCCCAGCGCUCCUCCAGCUGAGUACAACCAGGGAGCAGAGGGCGGGACUCCGAUGAACGAUGGCUUCCCCAACAAGCGCCAGUCCCAGCUGGUGUCACCCAAUGCUUUCAGCUAUGCUCCCGGCCUCUUUUUCUCCCAGAACCAGCAGCACAACGGGCCCGGCACAGUACCCAGUGGGGCCACAGCUCCCUACCCUCCUGAGAACGGUGCCAGCUCGAUGCCAACAUCACUCAUCCUGCCUCCAGACUACGUCACCUCAGCUUAUCCACAAGAGGCUCCUCCCUCUUAUAAUGAGAGCUUCAACACAUGAAGAGGAUGAAGAGGCAGCAACCUCCCACCAGGAAGAAGAUCCAUUCACUCUGAUAUCAAACAAAAUGCUGUCGUGCCAUUUUGGACCAACACAGAGGAAACCUAAUGUAACCUGGUAUGAUGAGGUUAUUUUAAGUCCAAGUCUGAAGCUUUUCUAAAUGAAAGGGAAUCGGCAUAUUGAAAUAAAAGUGGUCUAACAUCGAACUCUGCUGUCCAUUGAACAAGUACCGUCACUAAUCUAACAGGGGUUAUUCUCCCCUUCAAACCACAGCCAAUCAACACUGUCUGUAAAUGUUAUACUUUUGCACUUUGAAUGAAAGGAAAGACGAGGGGAAUAUGCAGCAUUUAAUAUGCUUUUCUUUGUCCAGUAACAGGAGUCAUGUUUUUAGAUGUGGGUUAUUAAGAAAUCCCUCAGAUGGCAUCUGUGAUGUCAAGUUUGAAAAUGUUAUGUAUGAAAACCUGUGCAAAACAAACCAUCUCAUUUGAGCUUUAUUUCUUCAGAAGAAAAAUAAGAAAUUAAUCUGAAUUUUGUUUUUAAAUUGGAAAUCGGUGAAAUCUACUUUAUUCUUCCGGCUCAUUCUUCGUUUGAAUAUUCAAGACUGGAGUUCAUGGUUUGUUUGUAAAGAUCUUUUUUAUUUUAUUUUCCUUUUGAUCAGGAGUUUUCUAUUUUAUGAUAAUGAACAAUCCAGAGAUUGCUGUUGCAAGUUGUCUACAUACAGCUUUAUGUAAUGUAGGAUCCAGUUCAGCCUCUUAAGAUUUCUGCCAUGUUUGAUCAGUUGUUACUUUCGCGCCUUUAAACUGUGUUGUAAUGACUGUUGACCUGCGUAGAGAAAUGCUGUUGUGUCUUGUAUUAUGCUUCCCCUGCUGAACGUGUUUGUUCUGUAUAUACCAGACAUCCUUUCUGUACAUUUAUUUCUAUAGUUGAUUGAUGUUUUAUUUAGCAGUUCUUGAUUUAGUUCAAAUUAUCUAUCUUGGGCAAAGUUUUAAUAUUUCCAUCAAACACUCAGAAAUACAACAUUUUAUUUAUUUAUUGUUUUGAGUGUUUUCCAACUGCUGUCUUCAAUAAAUCUGUUAAAACCAC